UUAGUCAAAGUGGUUUUGAUUGGGAUGGAACUAAAUAUAUGAUUUCUGUUUCAAAUGAAGAUGCAUGGAAUGAGUAUGUCAAGUCACAUAAUGACGCUAAGAGGUUCCGAUUUAAGGUGAUUGCUAAUUGGGAUGACAUUGUAGACUUGUGUGCUAAAGAUAGAGUAACGGGAAUUGGAGCAGAGACAUCCUUGGAUGCAGAUGACAUCAUGAGCAAAGAAGCAAAUGAGGAUGGAGCUUAUAUUGUGGAUAUUGAUGCUGAUGAACAAAGCUCUACAACAAGGAAAAGCAAACAACCAAUGGAAUUCAAAAAGGGAAAAAGUGGAGAAAAGAAUGGGAUAAUUACUUCAAUGAAUAAAGUGGCUGAGUCAUUGAGUGAAUUUGUACAAGCAACUAGAAAAGGGGUGAAAAAUGUCCAAGAAGUGGUUCAUGAUGUGAUGGAUGAGCUAAAGAACAUUCCGGACCUUAAUGGCACUCAAUGGCUAAAAGCAGUGGAUUGGCUUUCAGAAAAUCCAAAUAAGUUGGAGAUUUUGAAAGCUCUUCCCAUUGAGAGAAAGAAAGAUUACAUCUUAGCUUUUAUGCACUGAUUCGUGAUUUGCUAUAGUUUAUGGACCCAUUUGUAGUGUUUCCAACUUUCCACUAUGCCACUGUUGAGACUUUCUUUUAUUUAAUUUUCAUUUGGAUUGAUGUUAGCACUUGUUACUGUUGAGACUUUUUUUUAUUUAAUUUUCAUUUGGAUUGAUGUUAGCACUUGUUACUGUUGAGACUUUCUUUUAUUUAAUUUUCAUUUGGAUUGAUGUUAGCACUUGUUAAAAACACAGUUUUAAAUUUAAAGUAAUAGGAAAUGUGAUAUCUCCAUGAAUGUAUUAGAAAUUUGUGAUCCAACUAAUUUCAGAUUUUUGAGUCAAUUCAGGGGGUUUGGGCCGAUUAUAAAAUUCUGGGUUAAUUUUAAGUUAAGUUUUUUUA